UUGACAAUAAAAUGGCGGGCGGGGGGAGGUGGGGCCGCUUGGCCCCGCCCGUCCCUCAGGCGCGGAGCGGGAGGUGAGGCGGGAGCGGAGCGGGCGUUCCUGUGCGGGCGACCGGCGGCGACAGCAGCGGCAAGACGAGCUUUGGUUUCUUCCCACGGUUCUUAGAAAAGCCAGUGUUGGAGUGGAGAGGAUUAGAGUGGUAGAGUGGAGAUACGGCUCCUUCUUGCCUUCCCCUGCUAACCAUCAUCAUUGUAAUUACGGCUGUACAAAAAGUAGCACUGUGCUUCAUUGAACCUCCAGCACUGGCCUAGGUGGUGCUGUCACUUUUACUGUAUGGACUCUUGCUCAGUAGCAUGGGAGAAGAGGAAGGACUGCAUCAAACACAAUUACUGCAAUGGCUCCUGGCUUUCCAUCAAGUGUGGAAUUUAAUGGGAGCCAGGAGCUGGGAGCCCSUGCCUCUCUCCGAUGCCAUGCCUUGUGGACCUGCUCACCCCUGGUUCCCGAAUGUCGCCUUUGGGACCCGGUCCAUAUGUUCCUGACCCCUGUUGUACCACACUGGCCAUUCUAGAACAUGGACACAAUGUUUGUGCGAGGAUUAAAGAGAAAAUGUUUUGAUGGUGAAGAAGAUAUUGAAGGGACUCUGGCUGGCAUUAAGGCUGUUCCUUCCUAUAAUCUCCAGCGGCAGUCGCUUUUAGAUAUGUCCUUGGUUAAACUGCAGCUGUGUCACAUGCUGGUUGAACCCAACCUUUGUCGUUCGGUACUUAUAGCCAACACGGUACGGCAGAUCCAAGAGGAAAUGACUCAAGAUGGGACUUGGCAGAUGAUAAAUGCACAGAAUACAGGGCAGGCAUCCCUGGAUCGUCUUGUUUCAACAGAUAUCCUCUGCCGUUCAUCUAGGGAUCAAGCUGAGGGAAAGCAUGUUCCAGCCUAUGGUACUUUCAAUAAAGAYUUUGAGAGUGACCAGGCACAAGAUGGUUCAGAAACUAUGUCAACAGCCUCUUCAGUGCAAGCGCCAAGAAACCUGCAGAGCAAUAUGUGGGAAGAAAUGGAGAAUCCACAAGAAAAUAAAGGAAACUUUCAAAAAUCUUUAGAUCAAAUAUUUGAGACACUGGAGAAUAAAAGUCCUAAUUCUGUUGAAGAUCUGUUUUCAGAAGUUGACAAUUCUUACUAUGAYCUUGAUACUAUGUUAACAGGCAUGAUGACCAACACAAAAAUGGGACAUUGUGAUAGUCUUGAAACAUUUUCUUCUCCAACAAAUACAGCUUCUAACUCCAAUUGUAAAUCUGAUCUGAAUGACCUCGAUCAUAUUGUGGAAAUCCUUGUUGAAUCCUGAACCUCCUUGUGUAGGAGGUAAAGAUCUGCUAAUGGCAAGAAAAKACUUGAGAAAGGAAUUUCCAGUUUGUUCUAUCAAAUCUGCACGAGUAUUUUACAAAUAUCUAUAUGUUAUAUAGAUAAAUAUAUUAAGAAGCACUUCAUAUUGCAAAAUAGUGUUAACUCUUAAAGUUAACCUGCAACUUGUAGUGUAAUAAUCUGAUUUAUUGUCCACUGAACUGUAAGUACAUACGGUAAAUGUUCCCGUGUUUAGGGUCCAAGGCUGUUGAAAUUGGGUUCCUUAUACCAAUUUGUUUUAGCCUUUGAUGGAUAUCCUCAGUGAGAGGGAUUCUCUCACCUCACACUUCUCCCAUAAAAAUGGUAAUAAACAGAGAGAGAAGUUGGAUAACUGGUUUCCUAUUUUUCUCCGGUUUCCACUUUGUUACACCACAAAACUCCUACCAUAUCUGCUGCUUCUGUUUUAAGUCGCUACAUGGCUCUUAAAGAGCAGUAUGCAAUAGUUCUUGUUAUCCUUGCUAGCUUCCUCUGGGUUUUGCUACAAUUUUUACUUCAAAAAUAGUUUUAAAGUGUUUAUUGGUGUUUAGAUUUUUCCAGGUAUUUUCCUAAAAUAUAUUUUUUACUACAGAUGCUGUGUCAGCUGCUAACUUCAUAACUUUUGAUCAUAUUUGCAGUUGAUGUAUUUUUUGCAAGAUUUUCAAAAAGGGAUGUUUUUUUACCAUGAGCUAYUCAAUGUAGUUCAGUAAAGUGUAUGUAAAUGUAAAUAUACAAUUUUAUACUUUGCAUUAAAAUGUAAGAGCUGUUUUCAUGAUUCUGUUUUAUAGAGUAGUACUUUACUAAAUUGAGAAUUGUACAUUUAUGCUUUUCAUGCCCCACAUACUUGAGUAUCAUUAUAGGAAGAGCUUUGAUCCAACUAGAUAAAAUUACAUUUAAUUCAUUUCAGACCAUACCUUUUGUUAACUACAAACCUACGUGAUGUAGGUUUUUAUUUAUGUGUAUUUAUAUGUAAAUGUCAUCAACUGAAUUGUUUAUCAUUGAAGUCUACCAUCAAAUAUUUGUUUAUAUGGGAUAACUAUCUUGCACUAAUUACUACAAAAGUGUUAUUAUAGCGGCCUUUAAAUCUCAUUGGUUGGUGUUUCAUGAUGUCUUGUCAUAAUUAAUAUGCUCCACUCUUACCAAGAGUUUCCUCUUGGCUUUUUUUUAAUAACAAAAAAUAAUACAACAUGGGAUGGUGGUCUUUUUCUUCCAGCACAUGCGGUUUAGAGUGUAUGUAACUAAGCUUCUUCCUAUGAAACCUUUUUKGGGGAAAGGGAUAAUUCAAGUAUAGCAUAUUAUUUUAUAAAAUAACAAAUGUUUACCAUCAGAAAUGCUAUUGGGAAAAAAGCCCCAAGUUGGCAGGGAGUAGGGAAGGGGGAAAAUUUGAAUUGGUUUCUGGAAUGUGUUGGCCGUGGCUGAGCCAGGGUCAACAUCUGUCAAUUGAUUGUUUUCUGUGGAUCUGAACCAAGCAUGCUGAACAUGAAAAGAGAACCUUGCUGUGUCUGACAGAGUCUGCCUUCCCUUGAGUGACCUUACCUAUGAUGCAGAUUCUCAAACCUGGAAAGGGAAUGGAAGGUGGGGGUUCCAAGAGGGUGUUGAAAACAUUUGAGUAUCACCUCAAGAAUAAGGAGACCACUGAGCUUAGGUGCUUUAGAAUCAUUUGCUUUGAGGAAAAAAUUACAUAAUUUUGUGAAAUUUUUCAGACUCCACAGUUGAAUGCGUAUUGACUCCAUCUUACAGAGCCACACAUUUGGUAUGAAUCUAAAGUGAAUUGGAAAAUGUUUCUUUGUAUUAAACUUGGCAUAAGAUAAUAUGUAGUUGCUGUAGUAGUUAAACUUUGCUUUCUCACUUAAACCUUCAUUAAUAACUUCAUGUUAAAGGACAAAAUAGCACAUAGGCACUUGAAAGUUCAGUCCRUGGGAUAUAUCCAGACCAAAGAGAAGCCAAUACUACAUGUUGUAAUUGAAAAAUCACUCAAAGGUAWUGCAGUAAUAAAUGCGGAUUCAGGAGGAUCCAAAUAUAAAUAYAAACUCUCACAUCUCACAGUGAAAUAACUCUGGCUUAUUCGGUAGUGUUUGAUGGAGUAUCAGAGAUUCCUUCAAAAAUAAAUCCACAGGUAAUUUUUCUUGAUGUUUUUCUGUGUGUGCACCACUGAAUUGGACAGCAGAUGCCUUAGAGUAAAACAGAAAUGUUUUCAGAGUUUUGUAAAGGCAACAUCAGCAUUGAUUUGAAUGACUAAUAUCUUCUGUUCCUCUGGGAAACUUACCCAAAACUGCUCUGAAAUGUAGUUUAAAACCCACAGGUUUGAGCAAUUGUGGGUAUUCUCYUCUGCCCCCACACCUUCCAUUUUCAUUAAAUGAGCAAUUUCAUGUCAAGAUAUUUUAAAAGUGGUCUUCUCCACCUCCUUAGUGUGCAUCAGUCUGCAUGUUACAGAUAGGAAUCAGUAUAAAUUGUUCAUAACUGUUAAACUGUGUAUGCCAAAUGCACAUGUGUGUAUUUUUAACUCUAUACUUUAUUACUUUAGUACAAAGCAUCUAGCAGGGUGCGUUCCCUUACUGAGGAAGCUGUGUCUAUUUUAAAACAAUUUAUAGACACUACUUGGCUUAACAGGAAAGGUGUUAGGUAAGCAUGCAUUUAUCGAGUUAAGCAUUUAAACAGAAAUACAUAUAUAUAUAUAUGUAUAUAUAUCCUGUUUUAUUACAUUUUUAAAACUUACACCAAAUCUUAAUGCUUUUACAAGCCUAGUACCKUGGCUCAGCACAUGUAAGACUUGGUAUUGCUGAAACUUGCAGUCACCAUGUGUGCUUGCAACUGGUUUGACUUUGCAGAGACCAGUUUGUAACAGCAGCUUGUCUCCUUAUAGCUUUAAUAACAUGUUUCAGUCUAAUUCAUUUUUUCAUGCUUCACUUCUGGUGAAAAAAGAAAAAUAAGAAGAAAGGAAUAAUUAAAAAAGCUUUCUUUUCUAACUGCCAUUGCUAUUUUUUGUUACUCUAAAGAGAGAUUGGUUAAAUAUGCAUCACUUAAAGGUUAAGACAGUAUGUUUCGCCUCUAUGUGAUCCUCUAAAAUACUGAGAGACAYCAGAAAUUAAAGGAUGCCUGUAUGGUGAAUUCUGAAUGACUUAGUGAGCCUUUACUACAAAUGGUAAGAAAUGAUACUUGCUGGUGGGGAUUUUUUAAAUUUCUACAUGUAAAUGGAAAAUUAAAAAAAAACUUAGCCUCUUAAAUUAGGAAAGGCUUCUGACAGAUUCUGUUGCCACUUCUAACAGGCUUUUUUUCAGUUUUUGCUCCUAGGGAAGARUUGUGGAGCCUGCAUGGCAUCAAUGCCGUGUGUGAAAUAAGGCUGUUGGUCUGCCUAGUUUCACUGGGCUCUAGACCUGUGCAAAAGAAAGCACUGUCAAGCACAUAGCUAAUAUCCAAUCUGCUUCCUUUACAGCUAACAUUGAGUAUCUGUCCCCCUCUACCUCUGUGCCUAUGGUUUUAUUUCUCCUUUYCCCCUGCCUGAAAAUCAGAGCUUCUGGAGCUCAGGCAUUCAGCAAAGGCAAGAAGUGCAAGGAUCCAGGCUGCUGUAACAAGGGUUUGUCUGCUUAUUGCUUCUCUGUUUGUGUGGUGUUUGUUGAUUUCCUUUAACCCCCUCUUUCUSCCACAGCUCUGGGACUUUGUCUAGCAAAACACAUUGCCUGUCUCUAUGAAUAUAGCUAUAUUUGCCUAAGGGACAAAUUUGGUCAGUGAAGAGAGAAUCAGGUCUUUGAAAAGCACCUUUCCUGACCAGGCUUUCUUGCAGGCCAGCAGUGAAGGGUUUCAGCCUGGAGCAGGUUAGGGAUUCACACGUGAGCUGAGCCCUCAGAGUGACCAGGAAUUACCUGUUUUUGAACCCGUCAUUAGUUUUUUGAAGUCUUGGGAACGUCUGGGUUGCUUUAGUAAGCAUUUUAAAAGGCAUUAUUGCAGAUUGACUGAGAGUAUAGUUUAAUAUUGUAACUAGCAGACUGUUACGGAUUUUUUGUGUCUCAGAAUAUUGAUAUGUGUGACUGUUUUACAGUCCUGUCUUAUAAGUAAACAAACUGUCAAAAGCUAGAAUGAAAAAUAUCUGACCCAUUUGUUUUCUGACAUCUAUGACAAGACAAAUAAAAAUUACUUCUGUUCAAAGUGAAAGUAUGCUUGUGUCUCAGGCCUAGGAUGUAUAAACCCAUGUGCAAAAAAACCCAAGACGGAUGAUGACAAAUUUCGUUUGCUCACCAGUUCUUAAAUGAGUGUGUGUGAUUUCACACUGACUAAUACURAGAGUACAAAGCCACCAGGUUUCAAAGAAAUGAAAUAAACAUCUUGGGAACAUACRUAUAUUUUGUCAAUCUGGCUUAUCAAAUACAAGCUU